CCCACGCAAACAUACGCCGGCCGUCCUCCCUAUCUGGCACAUGUGCGCCGCUCUUCACAUUGCCCGCGCCACGUUGUUGUCAUGCUUUUCGCUGUGAUUCCCACUGUCUGAAAACAAGACAAUAUGGCCCGAAAGGCAGAGUCUGAUGGAGCUAUCCAGCUCAAGAAGGAAAUCGGACUGUUCAGCGGCGUUAUGAUCGUCGUUGGAACCAUUAUAGGAUCCGGAAUAUUCGUAACACCAAAGGGAGUAUUUGAGCACGUCGGCUCUGUUGGUGCUUCGCUAGUAAUAUGGGCGCUCUGCGGCCUGUUUUCGAUGAUUGGAGCGGUGUGUUACGCUGAGUUGGGAACGUCCAUACCGCGCUCAGGUGGUGACUAUGCUUACGUUUUGGAAGCGUUUGGACCGCUGGCGGCUUUUCUGAGGUUGUGGGUGACUGUUUUGGUGGUGCAACCUGCUUCACUGGCAGUGCUCAGCCUUAGCUUCGCGACGUACAUGGUGAGGCCGCUGUUUCCAGACUGCGAGCCGCCCGAUUCGGCGCUGAGACUGCUGGCGAUCGUCUGCUUGCUGUUCCUCACGUACGUCAACUGCCGAAGUGUCAAGCUGGCCAUGGGAGUCCAAGAUAUUUUCACAACAGCUAAACUCGCCGCUUUGGGCCUUAUCAUAGUCACGGGAAUCGUCAGAAUAUUUCAAGGCGAAGUCGGUUCCCUGAACAACGGAUUCUCUGGCGAAUAUACAGCUUCCGGGAUAUCCCUUGCAUUCUAUGCGGGUCUUUUCUCCUAUGGAGGAUGGAAUUACUUAAAUUACGUUUCAGAAGAGCUGAAAGAACCAGAAAAGAACUUGCCUCGUGCCAUCUACAUCGGGAUAACUAUGGUGACGGUCGUGUAUGUCUUGGCGAACAUUGCCUACUUCACUGUGGUUACGCCUCAAGAAAUGUUGUCGUCCCCCGCAGUGGCCGUGACCUUCGCGCAGCGCAUGUUCGGAGUGAUGGCCUGGAUCAUGCCCGUCUUUGUCGGCCUGUCAACUUUUGGCGGCCUUAACGGAAUCAUGUUCACAAUAGCCAGGCUGUUCUACAUCGGUGCUCUCGAAGGUCAUCUGCCCAUGGUAUUCGGGAUGAUCCACAUGAAGUAUCUCACGCCAACGCCACCGCUGGCCCUGUCGUGUGCUGUGGCUUUGUUGAUGUUUGCAACAAGCGAUAUCUACGUCCUCAUCAACUACAUGAGCUUUAACCAAUGGCUCUGGGUGGGCAUUUCUAUUAUGGGAAUGCUGUGGCUACGAUACAAGAGGCCGCGUAUGCGUCGACCCAUCAAGGUUCCUCUCAUUUUUCCGAUCGUGUUCCUCAUCAUGUGCUUCUUCCUCACAUUCAUGCCCCUCUACGCGAAACCAAUGGAAGCAGGAUUUGGCCUCGUUAUCCUCAUCAGUGGUGUGCCCGCCUACUUCAUCUUUGUCAAGUGGAGUGUCAAGAACCAGUUUGUGCAGAAUAUUUCGGAGUGGCUCACUGUCGGGAUGCAGAAAUACAUGGAGGUUGUUCUUCCUGAACAAGAGGAAAAGCUACUCGAAGAAAGCACUUGAGUCUGCAGUGUCGUCACCAGUACAGGAUACACUAUUGCAUUUGCUUCAUAUCAUGCGGGAACUUGGGCGAAAGGAAAGUCCUUCAACGUGUGUUCAAGCCUCUGGAAAAUAUUGAGGGUUUUUCAAAAGUAUUUUUAUGUCCAAGAUAUAUAUACAUAUAUACAUCAUGCGUAUAUACUUGCCCAUUUGGGCGAACGUUGGGUACAAACCAAACAGUGACACAUGAGUAUGCUUUGUGUAUUUGAGGAUUUGGUAGUUAGUCUUUGUACACCUGAAUCUGAGUUUUGUUUACAUGCCUUUUUAUAUGCACAGUUUCUCAGACAUUUGUAACGCAUUUUCGGCUACAACUUUCCAACUUAUUUAGCGAGAUAAUAAUGCUGAAAGCAGCUAUGUUUGUUACCACGUUUACAGCAGGACCAAUUAUUCAGGCUUAACACAUCUACCUCUACAUGUGACUUGGGCCAAAAUAUUUUUCGAUGUGUGAAUGAAGUAUUUUUAAUACAGCGUCAUAACUGAGGGUGAGGAAUUACAUGUGUUACAGGUGAGACAAAAGUCCCUGAGAAGGUCGCGAAAUAAAUUAUUCUGUUGUGUCGAGGUUUGUUAGGGUUUCCUACGAUUAGUAUAUCGAGUAUCUGUCAGCCAGCUGACAUUGUGUCUAGAUUUUCUCAGCUUUUUUUUUUUCGGUUACGGAGACUCAGUUACUGUUUACUGAUGCACGACCUUCAGUCAUUCAUGUACAAAUAAUUGUAACCCGUCUGAGCGUAUGCCACUAAACAGUCAGUGUGAGGUUUCGAACCUGGGUAGUCUUGGCAUCGUAAGCUAUCAUUAGCACUACGUGGCUACGGAAAUAAUUUUUGUCUUUCUCUUCAUAGACAAAAACUAAAUACGCUUUGUGUACGUGUGCGCGUUUACAGAACAAAUUUUUACUUCUCUUAUGCUGGUUGACUCACCACAGCUAUGAAACUCCACUGCUGGUUUUCGGGUACAACAACAGCUGGUAUGGACCAGAGCCCAUGUCGGGCCACAAACUUACACAUUUCUUUUCCGCGUUCGAAUCACCGUCAUCACCUUCGCUUUUUUUUUUGGUGACAGAUAGCUCUUAUUUGCGUGAAGCACCACCAUCCUUUCCCACAUAUUGGGUAUGUAACAAAAGGUUUAAAAUGCACUCACAUGAAAUGUAUCAGGUACAGAAAACAGAUUAUCUGCUUGUUUGUUACCCUGACCACGAGGGUAACAUAAUUUAGUAAGAGUAACAUAAUAAUGUGCUUCCUAAAAUGUCGAAAAUAGGGUUUGUAACCGAACUACGAGAAAUUAACCUCAUGUUCAAGCUCUUAUAUCUCUGCACGAAUACGUUGGAAUAAAAUUCCACAGGUGACUAACAAAGAUCUAUAAGCUACCUACCUAUGUAAAGUUUAACCCAACCCAACCCAACCUAACUUAACCUAGCGCAACUAUUCUUGUGCACUGCCACUUUUGUUUCAUGUAAGCUUUUUAUCACUCAUCUACUUGAGGAGUUGAUUAGAGUACAUUCGUUACUGAGUCAGCAAAUUUUUACAUCUACCACAAAAUUAUGACUGACCAAUGUAGGGAUCACUAUUGCUACAACAGUCUCAUAGAGACCAUCCCGAACACACUAGAGCCUGGUUUGAGAAUCUUCGUACUAACUUAAAAAAAAAAGUUAUUGGUUUGACAUGCUUGAAAUUUGGACACAUCGAAAUCGUUCAUAGCUGGGUUAUGGAUAGGGUUCCGGGUUUUCUGAUUUAUUCGAGAAAAUCCGCUUUUUGAAGGUACGAGAGCUCACCAGGAAAAGCCAGCCUCUGAUAGGUUCCCAGUCAACCACGAAAUGUAGAAUCAACGUUGAAAUAACAUUGCGAAUUCUACAACAACAACAACAAAUACGUAAUGAUGAUGUAGUGAGAUGUUCAUAUAUUACUUUCAUAGAGUCUGCGAUAGCGGGCAACGUACGUAGGAAACUACUGUUUAUUAUACGUUGUCUAUUGCUAAUACUAUGUUAGGAUUGACGAGACUGAUAGAUUAUUGACGAGUUUCGUUUCCUUUUAUGACGCGAUUUUUAAGAAAAAAUCUUCCCGGAAACAGCACCGCAAAGGAUACUGCCCCGACACGAUUUCUCCGCGACAAGGAAGGAUGGGUCUCUUGAUCCAAAUUGAAGGCGCAGCAUCUUUCACUUAAAGGGACGGCGUCGUACCCCCUGUCCAUUGUUGAAAAUGGAAUACUGCGAGUUUACCGCACGUAAAGCACGUCACGGUCAUUAAAUAACCGAAUUAAAUUGAUAAAGAUUGCAGAGCAUGCCGCGAUCUGUGGUGGCAACAAUAAGAACGGUUACGUCACCCUGCGGGAAAGUCCGUGAUUGGAUGCAGAAAUCAUCUGCUUUUGCGCGCGCUAGUGCAGCGGCGUGAGCAGACGACUUUCAGAAGUGACUGGGGAUCGCGGCAACUCUUGUACAUUUUCUUUCAGUUCUCUAGCGAAAAACGCACAUUCUAAGAAGUGGCCCACAUGCUGGUUUAGAAUAACUAUGUCAGUCCUCAGAGACAAGUUAAAAAUCGCAGGACAACCCCCCACACAGUCACAAAUCUGAAGUCGCCCGUCAUCGGGCACGCGCGGUCGCAUUACAGCUCCGGCCAAAAAUAUAUUACACUUACACUCCCCGUUGUACACUGAUCUCAUUUCGAACUGAAGUGUCGCUGAUGACGUACAUGCAGAAGGAGCACGUGUUUAUUAUAAAACCGCAUUAAAUAAUAAUAAUUGGGUGUUUACGUCGCGAGACAACUGAGAUCAUGAGCGACGCCACAGCGGUCGGUCUGUGGAUUGCUUUUGCCCACCUGAGGGUUCUUUAACGUGCGAUGAAAGCUCAUCACACGGCACCCCGUAUUUAACGUCCCUCGCGGAAGACGGCGUGUCUAAGCAACUUGUACCCUGCCACCAAGUUGCUGGCGUCCUCGGCCGGGUUCGAACCCGCGAUCUCGAGUUCAGAAGGCGAACACGCUACGGUCCGCACGGUCCGCAUUAAAUACUCUCGGAAAGAAAACACGUGACUUAGCUUCCACGUAUCCGAUUAUGAGCCACAUUCUGGAAGACACCACAGUCAAUGCACGGGCUACAUUCUCCGCUCGCGGAGAUAUACGACUGGGCGUCCCCAUUUCUAGAGCAGAGGGGAGCUUAUGGGGAUAGUCGGUCCUUCUGCAGGUUUCAAUUGCCAUGACAACGACGACUUACCCGCGGGCCGACGUUAUGCGUGACGUUGCAUGAAAGUGAAGCGCAGGUUUCGUUGUCUGCUAUCACGGCACGUUUCGACAAAUUCCUCGAAAACGACUUGGUUAUUGUGAAUGAACCUUUGACAGUUGUAUGUGCACAUGAGUUGUGAGUACUCAUGAAGAUAGCUUUGGGCUAAGUUUCGGAAUCGCCCGGGCUGUACGAGACCGUCCCUUUGACAAUGCUGGAAGCAUCUGAGUGACGCGGGUGAACCCCGUCUUUGCCUCGAGGUACCUCGACAUUAGAGUCUCUGGACAAGCUAAGGUACCCUAUUUAGUGCCUCUGCUGUCAGCCAGUUUCAAAGUAUACUAGGGAAACGCCCGCAGCGUUUAGGGUUUUCCUUACCCUUUCUCUCUGAAUCAUGUUUCAUCUCCUCAAAGUGGGUGAGGGAACAUUCAAUCCGCCUUCUUGAAAGAGCAGCUAUAGUCGUGUUCAACUUAAGAAGGAAAAGAAAUCUAGACCGCCAGCUCUCAAAAUGUUACUGCGCCGCAGAUAGGAUGGCUGGACACAGAGAAGUCACGCUGCCUUCCGCGCCAAAUAAUGUAAUCCAUCAUACUCACUCUGCUUCCGUAUUGGCUGUUAAGACUGGCCGCAUGACACUCCCUGCCACUCUCCUACUGAUGGCGCAUGGUGGCGCUACAGUAUUUCUCCUGGCGCGCUAUUGCGUCUCCUUAUCUCCAAUGACGUAUGCAGUUCAUGGAGACUGACUAGAUUUAUUUGCUGCAUAAUGUAAAACCCCGAGACUAGGGAACACGAAAGGACAUGUUGUGUCUGUCCUUUGGUGUUCCCUAGUCUAGGGGUUUUACAUUAUGCAUCAUCUUCACCAGAUCGCUUUCUUCCUAGCCAUUUUUUCAUUUUAGAUUUAUUUGCCAACACGACUAUAGUUGUUGCAACGCGGAUAGUAAGAUCGGGCGCAAGCAAGAGACUGGCCUAGAGACUAUGUCAAGGAAUAUCCAGAUUUCGAGAUGCUCACGUUGCCAGUUAAGUGAUUCAGAUCCAGAUGCCGUUGUCCGUCGCUUUUUUUUCUUUCCUUUUUUCGUCAGUGACCGUUUUUGCGAGGCCGCUUCUUGUUGAGAGUCUGUCAUUUCGAAUAUCUGAUACCAACUCAGCUAUAGUAAUAUAAACGACGAAAAACUCCGAAUUAUCGGAAGAUAAUUAACUAUGAAGAAACACCCUCCGAAUAUGCCAAAAAUGAACUUGGAAAGCCCGAGACCCUAGUUAUGGAAUAUUGUGGUAGAGGGAGAAGCUUUCCAAAAUUCCUCCGACACGUCAGUCAUACUGUGGGUAGGAAUGGCUAAUUUCUUGAUACCCUUUAUAGAGGGACUUCGUUGAGAGAUGACAAAUGAGCUGCAAUGUAUAGGCAGCUGUCCUCACUCACGGAGUUUCAUGUAGGCUCUUUAAAUUCUCGACGCCUGCUGCUGUAACCAGAAACUGCUAUUCAAGAUGUAGUUACGAGCCAGAGCUACCAUUAUGGGGCCGAGCUGGACGUAUCCCAAGUCCCGUACUGAAGGGAGCAUAUCACCAGUACUUGUUUUAUGUUACCUUGGUAUCGUACUCGAUGCUUUUUGCGCUGAAUAUUUGUACUCUGUCUUUAAUACUCUUUGUCGGUAUUUGGUGCUCGGCACUUUCCUCCCCUUAGCGCGCAUUUAACGACAGGGACAGCCUUCUUGCUUCUGUGUCCACUGGAAGGGGCCGCGCCCCAGGUCAUGCCAGAUUACGGCAAUAGACGGCUAUCUGCAUCCACGUGAACUUGCAUUUAGAAGUUUUACAGCAAAGAAGGUCAUAUUGAUACAGGUGAACGCGGAUAACAUUUACAGUAUCCCCAUCCGCACGGUGCUUCCGCAUGUAAUAAGGAUCCGCGACCACAUCUGCACUCGCUUAUUUGCGGAUGAAAUGUGGAUAUCGGCGCGCAGGCGCACAGGCGUGCGGUUUUAUCUGCAUCUCUCUCUCUCUCUUUCUUGCAAGAAAUCCGCGCGCCUUCGCGGAUAUCAACCGCACCCGCGCACACCUCUGGUCAUAGACACGUAGAAAAUCGGAACCGCGAAUAUCGAAUCUCACCCGGCGAUGACAUCACGGCGAGCAGCUCCGCCAGUGAGGGGCCGUGGGAGAGAUCACGUGCUUACGAGGACCAAUGUAGGGAUGGCGGAGGCUUUCGCUGCUCUGACGUCAGAGCCCGACCCGGAAAUGUGUUCAGGUGUUUGUAACUAGCAAAACACCGACACUUGGAAAAUAGUUUUUGUUUCUUCAAUACUCUGGUGUUCAGUACAGUGCAUGCAUUAUGAAAGAACCACACACAUACUGUAUAUGAAAGUGUCACAAAACCUUUACGAUAAUUUCUACUUUUCGGGGAAAGUUGCGACAUCCCAGUGACAUGAAAUACGUGUCGCUGAUUCAUGUAUUUUCUAAUUACACAUAAUAUGUCGACAUGUUACAUUUGGGAGUUGUCUUCCCACUCUACAAAGAGGCAACAUCAUCGUGGUAAUAGACGGUUAUGCACCGGAGGGCACGUUGGCUUUUGGGAGAAUUUUAGUGGUUUCACGUAUAAUGUUUGCGUUUCCGCUUUUACGUGUGCUGCAGCAAUACAUGUGCUUUGCCAUUUCAGUUUAUGAAACGCGUGAUGUACCCUUUAAGUGUUUUAUUAUUUUAACCAGCGUGGGUCGUUGGUUGUGUCUUUCACGUGACAAUAUUCCCGAGUAUUUUGGUAUUUUAUGCGUAGCAUGUGUCAUAACGUUGCACAUGAUGCAAGUACAGGCAACAGUUGUUGUGUACUGCCUACACCAAACUGGAACAGCUGUCUAGUGUUGCCUAAUAUCGAUUUCAGUGGCAGAAGGGAAGUUGUCAUCAAAUGGUAAUCGAAGCUGUUAUAGUUAUAUCCAUCAAGCUAAAAAAAAUGCUUGUGAUCUUGGCCGAUACAUAGGCAUCUGGAAUGUACUGCUUCUGACACACUUUUCUGAAAUCUUCCUUCCGAGGUAUUGGCUUCUGGCCCGUAUUGGAUUGGCCACCCCCAAAGGAGCUGUACCAUUAUUGUGUUUUCCGUGUGGGCGGUAUGCCCACACACGACGUACGACUCUAUUAGCGGAGUACGAGUCUAUUAGUCGGAGGAAACAAUCUUAGUACUCCUAGACAUUUCAGAAACCGCGAGCUGUCGAUUUCGGACAAGUAUCUCGCAAGCAGUACCCUAGGUACAGCUCUAUAGUUUACACAUUCUUUCAAGCUAAUGUAUGUAUGUGUGGUACGGGGUAACAGGAACUAUUGGUCAAAACGCAAUGUGAUUGUACUUCAUCGCUCAUUUGAAGCCCAGGCUCAUUCACACAUGCGUUUCAAAAAGCGGCGCCGCCUCAGCGUUCGCGGCGCGGAAGCUAAACAAAACAUAUUUAACCUACAACCUGCCCAUUCUUUUUGCACCAUGUUUACCAUGUGAUGCUCAGUUCAGACAGAGAGGCACCUUGGCUGGUAACUGAACUAUGUCUUUCUAAUUACUUCAUGGGGGUUUACCGGUCAUCUACAACAGAUGCAUUGUAAUAUUACAUUCAUGUAUUUCCACUGCUGCCCAUCACUGUUUACUAAAGAACUUCAGCCAAAAAAGUCAAACAUAUAUGCCGUGUCUCUAACGCAGUUGCAUAGCGAAGUAUAGCUUGCGCUUAAUUUGUCACAGCACGUCUGCUGUACAACAUGUGUGGUGAAAUUUCGUUUUUGGAAGAGUCUUCUCGCAUCCACUGAAGGUUGCCUAGGCAAAGUGCUUAACGAUGAAAGAUGAAAAUCACUGAAAAGGUUAGCCAGCUGUAGGGAUCGAACCCACAUCUUCUGGAUUGCCGGCAAUCCAGAAGAUGUGGGUUCGAUCCCUACAGCUGGCUAACCUUUUCAGUGACUUUCAUCUUUCAUCGUUGAUUUCUUAGGCAAUUUGAGGCUUUGUUUGUAUCUGUCCCUUCUAUGUUGUUCCAGCCUCAGAACAUCAGUUUAUCUCUUGUUCAAAAAGUGCUUAAUUCUCGUUAAUGAACGUUUCUGUUUCGCUAAUUAAUUGCUUAUCCGAUGGAAGCUACUGCGUAUGUGAAGCCAGUGAUGAGAAUUCGUCUGAAAAAAAGAAAAAAAAGAAAAGAAAAGUAGCUACUUGUGUUUUCUGUUCCCAACUUCUUUGUUCUGUUUGUUGUUCAUCUCACAUCUGUAGUGCGUGAAGAGCUCCUUGUAUUUUGGUUGCAUUUAUGAAAUUUCCUACUUUCAAGACUCGGCAGAUAUAUUUCACGUUUAACAAUAGCGCUGAAAGCGCGGUAACGAUUUCCAUCUUUGUGACAGAAUUUUUACUGACACACUUUUCCUUAACAUUUCAAAACCUGAACGGGGAACUAAGGUGGCAAAAAUUAUUCUCGCGGAAUCAAAAAGUGAUGUUACCUUGACACCAACAUAAAAUGAACGCGAUCCACUCGUUGCGUUGUUCGUGAUUGAUAAGCGAAAUAAACCGCAAUUUACGCUUGCCUUCUCCUUCUCCGGAAGUACGAUAAUGCGGAUAGGCCUCUGCUUGGUCCUCCUCAGACGAUCCCCCGCGAUGAUUAGAGACAACGUUUGAGGAUACCAAUGGGAGCCCGCUCCUCAUUGUCGGCCUUCUUGAGGAGGACAGUAAGAGGGAUAUUGUAUAUUGUGUUUUUUUUUUUUCGGUCAUAAACCACGGACGGCGCAACGGAUGGAUCGCGUUCCUUUUGUGUUGGUGUCAAAGUAACCGCAUCUUUCAGUCCGCGAGAAGAAAUAUUUGCGCCUUAGUCACCCUUGAACAAUUUAAGGGGGUGAAAAUAGAAUAUAGAAUUUUGCAACAUCAGCCAAGUUGUGGCCGCAUUCCAUCUUUACGUAAAUAAUGUGCAGAAACACCUCGCUCCUAAUUCAAUCUCAUGAUUUUACUUCACAGGGGAGGUGGCGUUCUGCGGCGUGUACGCGUAGAGUACGAGGAAGCAAAAGUGCGAGCAAAUAAUAUCUUGCUGAUGAAUGUAUUUUGCCGCGUGUUGUUGUAUCUCCUCUCAGUGUGGGAAUGUGGGAAAUAUUUAAAUCGAAUUUACUGGGGUUGUCAAGGCGAAGCUUUAAGGUGUCGCUACGGACUAUAGACCUCGUGCCUUCAGAAUUUCGCCAAAUUUAUCGCAGAAAGUUGUUUCUCUAUAGGUUAUGUUCGUUCAUUCAACUCGCACGACCCGUGAGUCGGAGCCGUGACAUAUGAGGGCAAGCGUGCGUCAUCGACCCGCGUCGAGAAGAAAGUCGUUGGGAGUUGACUCUCGGGCAUCUCUGUUGUUGAAUCUUCCAGUUUUGGAAUAGAAGUCACUGCCACGGGGAUAAUGUCACGAGAGCCACGCCAUCGCAUUUUCGACCACCAAGAGGUGACUCUCGAGUUGCUCGAAUCCAUUAAACGAACACAACCUAUAGUGAAUUGGAAGCAUCAUAAAGUGAAUUUCUAGUUUAGAGAAGUAUGAGAAGUAUGAUGUCACCGGAUGCUCAAUCUACCCUCGCGUCUGUCAACAUUGCCCCUCGAAGAUCGAUUUCUGUCUCCUCACCACAGCUGCUGGCAGUCUUCCAACGUCGGACGGAGAGCGGAGACCGGGAAGAUGUCCACGCUGUUGCGAGGAGGCGGACUCGGGAGCUCUCGAUGACGUCACCUACCCCCCAAGAAUCCGAUAUUACGAGGUUCCUGAGUCUGAGCGAAGUCGAUUUUAAAAAAAUAACAUUAAUAUCAUUUUUUUAUCUGUAGUGUCACUUUAAGCUGCCGUAUAUUUCGUGAGAAAUGUUGUAAUAUGUUAGGAUUCAAAUUUGUGUGGGCAUGAUUGCAUGAGGUCCCCUUCUAUUGACACCAAGCGAGAAAAGUGUGUUAUGCAGGGGAGGGGCCUCGAUUGUGUUUUGUUAAAGCCACCGAUCAGCAGUUUGAACGAUGUAAAAUCUGGUAAAACGAUGGUUCUGGUGUGUGUAUCACGGAUCUCAGCUCGGACGACGACUGUUUUAUUUGACAAAAGUGGUUCAGGUCACGCAUGUUGCUACCUUUUUAUGUAUACGUGCGUUGUUUUUGUUAAUAAAGUAGCAAAGUAUUGUA